CUUAAACGCACUUUUGUGUUUUGUAUUCAAAUUUAACGUUUUCUUACAACACCUGCCCUUUUAACACGCUUUACAUCGGAUAUAAAAAUUGCUAAAAAAUGUCAAUUAGCGUAACUGCUUUAACUUCCGCUUUGGAAACUACACGUGUGUCACCAAAUGGCCUUAGUUUCGCCGGCAAAUCUCUUAAAUUAAACAAUGAAGAUGACGCCAAAGGAAUUAUAGAGGACAUUAACAAGUGUACAGAUCUUCAGUACUUAAACCUAGAAGGAAAUACUCUUGGUGUGGAUGCCGCUAAAGGCAUAGCUAAAGCAUUAGAGAAACACAAGGAGUUUAAAAGAGCAUUAUGGAAAGAUAUGUUUACAGGAAGGAUGAAAGAGGAGAUUCCAAAGGCUUUGGAAUUCCUUGGCAAUGGUUUAGUCACUGCUGGCGCACGCCUCACGGAACUAGACCUAAGUGACAAUGCAUUUGGGCCUAUUGGUGUAAGAGGUUUAGCAUUUUUGUUGAAAAGCUCAUCAUGUUAUGCUUUAGAAGAACUAAGACUAAAUAACAAUGGUUUGGGUAUAACUGGAGGUAAAUUAUUGGCAGAAGCACUCACAGAAUGCUAUAACUGCAGUAAAAAACAAGGUAAACCUCUUGCCCUAAAAGUAUUUAUUGCUGGAAGAAAUCGACUUGAAAAUGAAGGUGCCAAAGCACUGUCUGAAGUAUUUAAGUUGAUUGGUACAUUGGAAGAAGUUGCCAUGCCCCAAAAUGGAAUUUACCAUGUAGGUAUAUCAGCAUUGUCAAGUGCCUUUACAGUAAACCCAAAUCUGGAAAUUUUGAACUUGAAUGAUAACACUUUGACACACAAAGGAGCAGAAGCUAUUGCAAAAGCUCUGCCCAAGUUACAAAAAUUGAAGGUCAUCAAUUUUGGUGACUGUUUAUUGAAAACAAAAGGUGCCAGUUACUUGGCCAAGGCACUAGAAAACGCCCAUCCGAAUUUGGAGGAACUUAUUUUGGACUCCAAUGAAAUCAGUAAAGAAGGUGGUCUGGAAAUAGUUAAAGCUGUGGCCAACAAAUCCAAAUUAAAGAGGCUGGUUUUGGACUCAAAUCAAUUUGGAGAAAAUGGAUUGGAGGAGAUCAAUAAAAGACUGAAAGAUAUAGGUAAAUUCAAUGUUGCCAGCAUAGAAGACAAUGAAGAGAGUGAUGAUGAAGAUGAAUCAGAUGAAAGUGAAGAGGAGGAUGAGUCAGAAGGCAGUGAAGUAGAAAAUGAACAAGCAGAUGAAGUCAUUGAAGUAUUGAAUACAUCCAAGUUGGUAAAUGUUACUGUAGACCAGUUUUUACAAUCCCCCUCAGCAGAUAAUUUUAUUGGACUUGGAGAAAAACGUGGAGACUUGCUCUUGAAUUCUGUUAUGAAAUCUGGCAAUAUUAACAUUGAAACAUUUAUCCCAACUUUAAUGAAGGUGUCAGGUUUAAGCACAGAUUCCAAAAAGGAAGUCGCUAACGCUUCCCUAAAAUGUGUUGAACAGUUAUAUAAGGAACUUUUUAUUUGGUCAGAAAAAUCUGAAAACACAUCCAUUGUUAAUAAUACUUUGCUCGUACAUCUUGGUUUGAUUAAGAGUGAAGAUAAAAAAUUUAAACCUACAUGGAACAUUGAAAGUUGCUUCAAGGCAUUGGAAACAAUACUUGGCAAAAAUUAUGUGCCCCAAAAUACAAAGGAUGCCAUUAAAGCUUUCAUGCAAAGGGAUAUUGAAAAUAAUGGAUCUUUUCUUGCUACAAAGCAACAAAUUUUAUUAUCCCUGGCAUAAAUUACAUAAAUUAUGCACUUGUUCACAGAUAUAAUUUAACGUUUACUGUAUUCCAAAUAAAUAUAUACUUGAUAAUUAA